UGCCAGGCGGCGGGCGGCGCCGGGCCGAGGUGUCCGGGACCCCAGCGCCCUCCCCACUGUCCGGGGCCGAGCCCCCUCCCCUCCGCGAUGCCGCACAACUCCAUCCGCUCCGGUCAUGGCGGGCUGAACCAGCUGGGAGGAGCCUUCGUGAACGGACGUCCCCUACCCGAGGUGGUUCGCCAGCGCAUCGUGGACCUGGCACACCAGGGCGUGCGCCCCUGUGACAUCUCCCGCCAGCUGCGGGUCAGCCACGGCUGCGUCAGCAAGAUCUUGGGCAGUAGGUACUACGAGACCGGGAGCAUCCGGCCUGGGGUGAUCGGCGGCUCCAAACCCAAGGUGGCCACCCCAAAGGUGGUGGAGAAGAUCGGGGAUUACAAACGCCAGAAUCCGACCAUGUUCGCCUGGGAGAUCCGGGACCGGCUCCUGGCCGAGGGCGUCUGUGACAAUGACACAGUCCCCAGUGUCAGCUCCAUUAACAGGAUCAUCCGCACCAAAGUGCAGCAGCCAUUCAACCUCCCAAUGGACAGCUGUGUGGCCAGCAAGUCCCUCAGCCCGGGCCACACCCUGAUCCCCAGUUCAGCUGUGACUCCCCCCGAGUCCCCUCAGUCUGAUUCGCUGGGAUCCACCUACUCCAUCAAUGGACUCCUGGGCAUCGCUCAGCCCAGCAGUGACAGCAAGAGGAAAAUGGAUGACAGUGACCAGGACAGCUGCCGGCUCAGCAUCGACUCCCAAAGCAGCGGGGGUGGCCCGCGAAAGCACCUGAGGACUGAUGGCUUCAGCCAGCACCACCUGGACUCACUCGACUGCCCCUUCGAGAGGCAGCACUACCCAGAGGCCUAUGCAUCCCCCAGCCACACCAAAGGCGAGCAGGGUCUCUACCCUCUGCCCCUGCUCAACAGCGCGAUGGAUGAAGGGAAGACCACGCUGACUCCUUCAAAUACCCCACUCGGGCGCAACCUCUCAGCCCACCAGACCUACCCGACGGUGGCAGAUCCGCACUCCCCCUUCGCCAUAAAGCAGGAAACCCCCGAUGGGCCCAGGUCUAGCUCCACCCCUUCCUCUUUAUCUAGCUCCGCCUUUUUGGACCUGCAGCAAGUCGGCUCCGGGGGCCCGGCAGGUGCCUCGGGCCCGUCCUUCAAUGCUUUUCCCCAUGCCGCCUCCGUGUAUGGCCAGUUCCCAGGCCAGCCUCUCCUUCCAGGGCGAGAGAUGGUGGGCCCCACGUUGCCAGGAUACCCACCCCACAUCCCCAGCAGCGGGCAGGGCAGCUACGCCUCCUCUGCCAUCGCAGGCAUGGUGGCAGCAGGAAGCGACUAUUCUGGAAAUGCCUACAGCCACUCCCCGUACUCCUCGUACAGCGAGGCUUGGCGCUUCUCCAACUCCAGCCUUCUGAGCUCCCCAUAUUAUUACAGUUCCACAUCAAGGGCGAGCGGGCCUCCCGCCGCUGCUGCGGCUUUUGACCACCUGUAGUUUCCAUGGGGACGUGGGAGCCACUGUACAGCAGGAGGACUCGGGCCGGGCCACAGAAGGCACACAAAGGAAUCUUUUAUUUAUUACAUGAAAAAUAACCACAAGUCCAGCAUUUCCACUCCCCGUGUGGUUAAUUUAAUGACCCGUGAAGGACACGGUGACCCUGGGGAAGUCAGAAACCUUCCUCCAAGACGCCUCAGUAGGAGGCCGGACUGUGGGCGGAGGAGGCCCUCGAAGAAGCUAAGCGAGAAUCGGAGGAGGAGCUGCAGCCUGUGGCAGGCUCCUGGAAGGAGAGAAGACGGGGAGACCGAGGCAGGAAGACGUGGGAGAGGAGGCGCUGCUCAGCUCCAUCGGCUCUGACGGGGAGGGCUGGCGAACCCAUCCAGCACUCCGACCUUCAACUCCCUUCCCCGCUGCAGUCUUCUCUGGUCCCAGAAAGAUGGCUCCCUUGCUGUCUCUCCUUCCCUCUUCCUGCAAGGGGCUUGUACACUCUCCUUUUCCCCCAAACCCAUUUUUCCAAAUCAGGCUCUCCCUCACCCUACUUCCCCGGCGUGGACCAAGGUCUACCAUGUUUCCUGCCCUCCCAAGGGGUGGAGAGGAGAAUCUUGUCCUGCUUUGGGGAUUGGAAGCUAGGCAGAGAGAAACCAUCAACCUUACCGGUGGCUCCACCCGAAAUCCCAGUCCUCAGUCUUCAAGGCAUCUCUGAGAAGCUUGGCAGGAACUUCACCUGGGAAUACACCCAUCCCUUCCACACUCCCUCUCCCAGUUCCCCCGGGGUGGUGGAGGAAGGUGGGUAAAUGCCAACAGCCUCAGGGAGGGGCUUUUCCACGUGUAUCUAUCUGCUUGUCUCCUUUGGCUUGUCUCUGUAAAUACUGUAAAUGGAUGCGUUUCCCUCUUCACGCACUCAGACCUCUAUGCCUACACAAUUCAUCGUCUCCCUGCCGCAUUGACCUUUUCCCUUUUGAUGCUUCUUUUUAUUAAAAAAGCCCAAACGCACACAAGCCCCCCUCAGCCCAACUCCCGACAGCAGUCAAUAAACCACUCUUUAUUUCAAA